GCGAAUCUAUGUGUUUGUGGUUUUGUGUGUAGUAAAUUUUGUUGUGUGUGUGGAAUCUAUUCAGUGUUCAAAUGUAACAAGUAACAUUUCACCAUACUAUCACCUGUGAAAUCCAGUGCAGCUCUCAAGUCUCGACUUGCUCGAUGUUGUUGAAGGAGUUCACGUGGCAGUUCCUCAAGCACACGGCCCCCAGCCGCCGCCACCUGACCCCCGAGCUGCUGCUGCGUCUGGUGACCCCCGCGUGUCCCCUGUGGGCCGCGCGCGUCGAGGACUGUCCCUUCCCUGACCCCUUCUGGGGGUUUUAUUGGCCCGGGGGUCAGGCUACUGCUAGAUAUAUCUUGGACAAUAUGGAGACAGUCAAGGAUCGGCGCGUGUUGGACGUGGGCUGCGGCUGCGGCGCGGGCGCCAUCGCGGCUGCCAUGAGCAACGCUCAACGAGUUGUCGCUAACGACAUUGAUCCUUAUGCAGUAAUGGCUACGAAAAUUAACGCAGAACUAAAUAAAACAAAAGUGGAAACUGACACAAAUAACUUUGUUGGUAGUAGCUGUAACGAUUUUGAUGUAAUUUUGAUUGGAGAUAUGUUUUAUGAUGAAGAGUUCGCCAGUUUACUGUUUGGCUGGCUCCAUAAACUGACUGCUGAUAAUAAAUUGGUAAUUAUAGGGGAUCCAGGGCGGCACGGCUUGACGGCGAGCAGGAAAAACCAGAUGACUUUACUAGCUAGCUACGAACUACCGAAGGAGGCUCGCGAUGAAAAUAACGGCUUCACUCACACCACUGUGUGGCGGUUGAAUAAAUUGUGAUUUAAAAAGGAGUUUGAAUAUUUUAGUAUGGAGUCUGGCCUACCUAUAAUGUACGCCAUUUUCUUUUUUUUCAAAAUAGCGGUCAUGCAUAAACUCUGUACUUAUCAAUGGCUGGCAUCAAUACCAACAAGUAUUGUAUGAGACAA